AUGAGCUUGAGAACACGCCUCCUUGAGGACCCGCCCAUGGGAUAUGUGGCUCUUGACCUCUCGGACAAGAAGGAGAACUUCCCGGUGCUCUUUUUUAACGGCGUGGACUCCAAUCACGAUCCUGUCUCUUAUGAAUACCUCAUGAGUUAUGUUUUCCCUUCCUUCAUGUACAGCACGAGAAGUGGGGUCGAGUGUGACUAUGCCGGGGGCUGUUCGGAUAGCUGCCUCUGCUCGGUGAGGAAUGGUGGCGAGUUUGCAUACAACUUGAAUGGGAUUCUAUGUGGGCACAACUGCCGCUGCCCCCCAAUAUGCCGUAACAAGGUGACCCAAAAAGGGGUGAGGAAUAGGUUUGAGGUCUUCCGAUCGAGGGAGACAAACUGGGGAGUGAGGUCUUUGGACUUAAUCCCGGCAGGCUCCUUCAUCUGUGAGUACUCUGGUGUGGUCCUCACCCGAGAGUAG